AUAUAACCACCACUCGCCCGCCAUUUCUCUCCUCCCACACACCUACUUACUCUCUCUCUCUCUCUCUCUCUCUGAUUUUUCAGUUAUGCAUGCCUUGCACUUCACCACCACUACAUCACCACCCUCUCCCGCCCUUCUCCAAAAUGCCACCCAAACUUACACAGCCACAACAAAAAUCACAUGCAAAAUCCUCAUCAACCCAUCCAAAAAAACUCUAACCCAUAAAACCCAAAAACCACCAAGGCAACCCUUGCCACCCCCAAACACUAAACCAUUACCGCAAGUGAACCCAGCAAAACCAAAUAUUAACCUACCUCGCCUAAACCCUUUUCAAAAAUUAGCAGCCUCACUCCUAGACGCAGGAGAAACAUCACUAAUAGAGCCACUAGAAAAGAAGCAUGCUUUGCCCAAAAACAUCGACCCGGCUGUCCAAAUAUCCGGGAAUUUUGCGCCGGUUCAAGAGUGUCCGGUUCAUCACGGUCUCGAGGUUGUGGGACAAGUCCCUGAUUGCUUACGUGGUGUUUAUGUCCGAAACGGCGCGAACCCUAUGAUUCCACCGUCGGGCGGACACCACUUGUUUGAUGGGGACGGUAUGAUUCAUGCCCUCACUCUCGGCUCGUCAAAUCGAGCCAGCUACAGCUGUAGGUACACACGCACGAGCCGACUUGACCAAGAAGCCAUGCUAGGCAGGUCCAUUUUUCCCAAGCCGAUUGGGGAGCUUCAUGGUCACUCGGGUUUGGCUCGGCUUGGUUUGUUCAUGGCUCGAGCAGCUAUCGGCUUGGUAGACAGCUCACGUGGCACCGGCGUCGCUAAUGCCGGCUUGGUUUAUUUCAACGGACGAUUAUUAGCCAUGUCGGAAGAUGAUCUCCCGUACAGUGUUAAGAUCAAGGGCGACGGUGAUCUGGAAACAAUCGGAAGGUUCGAUUUUAACGGUGGAUUGGACCGACCCAUGAUUGCGCAUCCUAAGGUGGACCCCCAAACGGGUGAGCUCCACGCGCUCAGUUACGACGUGGUGAAGAAGCCGCACCUCAAGUACUUCAGGUUUAGCACGUGCGGGAAAAAAUCACGUGACGUGGACAUCACGCUAGACCAACCUACCAUGGUGCAUGACUUUGCGAUAACCCAAAAUUAUGUGGUGAUUCCGGAUCAGCAAGUGGUAUUUAAGUUAUCCAAAAUGAUUAAGGGCGGUUGGCCCGUGAUCUACGACCGGAGCAAGACGUCUCGGUUUGGAAUUUUACCAAAAGGGGACGUGGACGAAUCGAGCAUCUGCUGGAUUGACGUGCCAGAUUGUUUUUGCUUCCAUUUGUGCAAUUCAUGGGAAGAGAUUUCGGACGCAGGUGACCCGACUGUUGUUGUCAUUGGGUCAUGCAUGGACCCACCGGAUUCAAUAUUCAACGAGCAAGGGAAUAACCCAAUUCGUGCUGAGUUGACAGAGAUCCGGAUGAACUUGAGGACUCGUGAGUCAACCCGGCGGGUUCUCGUCCCGAGUUUGAAUUUGGAAGUAGGACAGGUGAACAAACAAGUGGUAGGACAAAAGAGCAAGCAUGUGUAUAUGGCUAUAGCUGAGCCGUGGCCCAAGUGUUCGGGUAUUGCUAAGGUGGAUUCGGAAACCGGUUCGGUGAGUAAGUAUAUGUAUGGGUCCGGUCGGUUUGGCGGAGAACCGCUGUACGUGCCCCGACAGAGAAAUGGUGGCAUGGCACACCACGGUGAAGACGAUGACGAAGGGUUUAUAAUGGGGUUUGUGAGGGAUGAAGUUGAGGAGAGUUCGGAGUUGGUGAUAUUGGAAGCUUCAAGCAUGAAACAAGUAGCGUUGGUGAGAUUGCCUGCUAGGGUUCCGUAUGGAUUCCAUGGUACAUUUGUUAGUGAACAAGAUUUGAAGCUGCAAGCUUAAAUUAAAGCUAUUUUUGUAUAUACUCGUUUGCCUAUAUAUAUAUUUAUGCUAAUUUUUUAAUCGACGAGACCUUAUGUAUUAAUGAACCCUAUUUCUAUU